AUGCCAUCAAAUUCGAAAUUAUUACAACAUCGUCCCCCAUACCCUUACACUUCUUCUUUAAGGGAAUUGAUUAUUUCAAAUAAUAAACCUCUUAAUGGAUUUAUCAUUUAUAGAAAAGCAUAUCAUAACAUAAUUAAAAAACAAUUUGGUUGCUUGAAAAUCAAUCAACUCACUUUUAUUGUGUUUAGAUUGUGGAAGCAAGAACCUAUGGAAAUCAAAUUACAUUACUGUAAUUUAGCUAGAAAGGUUGGAACUAUGAGAUUGCAACAACCCGCACCAUCGAUUCAACAAAAUCCUCUUCCCGCUCCGCCUUCUAUUACGCAAAGUCAUCCUUCUCCUCCCGCUCCACCUUCUGUUACGCAAAGUAAUACUCGUCGUUUUGAUGAAAAUUCUCGAGCUUAUAUUGAUUUUAAAGUGUUGGAGUUACAUAUGAAUCAAGGAAUCUCUUUCCCACAAUCUACCCCUUCUGUAUUUGAUGUUUCUUCUUUUGGAACCUCCUUUAUUUAA